CGGAGCCUGGCGCUUCUGCUCGGCUCCAGGGAGAGACAGCUGCGGAUCCCGAUCAGCGACCUGCGGGGGCACCGGACCUUGAACCCCGCGCCGCGAGCCCCAUCCCCCGGGACCACUAUUCUCAGGCCUGUGGCCCCCAGGGCCCCAGACCUGUGACAUCCUCUAUCCACCGGGCCUGAGACCCCGUUACCACCGGCAACUGCUAGCCGUGCCCUCUGUGUUGCAUAAGAAGUUGCUGUACAGAGGUUAGGAAGCCCAGCAUGAGUUUGGGUUAGACCCCGGCUUUGAGCGAUGAGUGAGUGGGGUGACAAGAAGCCAGGACUGAGGCUGGAGGCUACGAUCCAGAAGCUAGAGGGUACGGUCCUAAGCCCUGAAGCCAGCAAGGAGGACAAGACACUGACUGUGCGAGGAGAGGGGGAUCGAGCCACGUCCACCCCAGUUCCAGCCAGGAUUCGGCAGAUCAUCACUGAGAGCCUGGCAGAAGAGUCAUCCCAAGCUCUGUGGGAAACAACCUUUCCACUCAAUAUGCAAGAAGAAAACCGUAUGCUGCAGAAGGAGCUCUCACGCCUUGAGGACCUACUGGCACAUACCCGGGCAGAGAAGGACGAGCUGGCAAGCAAGCACCAUGCCAUCAGUGAGAGGAUGGAUAAGGCGCUGCGGGUGGAAGCAGCCCAGCGGGAGGGGGAUGGCAGCCUGGUGCUCAUGGAACUGAGGCAGCGGUUCAAGGAUGACGAGAAGGCGUACAAGUGCAAGCUUCAGGCCUAUCAGGAGGGGCAGCAGCGCCAGGCUCAGCUGGUCCAGAGGCUCCAGAACAAGGUGCUACAAUACAAGAAAAGAUGUGGGGAGCUGGAGCAACAGCUGCUAGAGAAAACGUCUGAAUCUGAGCACCAGAAACAGAUGCUGCAGACUCGCCUGGAGUCCACAGAAUCCCACCUGUGCUGCUCAGAGUAUAACCACAGCACAGAACUGGAGAACACUCUUACCCGCCUGGAGGAGGAGCAGCAGAGGAGCACCAGCCUUUCCCAGAUGAACAUGCUGCUGCGGGAACAGCUGGACCAGAUGAAAUGCUCCAAUCAGAGACUGGUGAGGGAGCUGGAGAGGGCAACAUCAGACCUGCACAGGCUGAGAGGCGAGCUAGAGCAGAGAGCAUUCCUGGGGGACAACGGCAGGGAGAGCUCUGGCUCGUACUUAAGCAAUGAGCACAGCGGGAUCCUGCUGCUAUGGCACCAAGCUGCCACGCUGCGCAGUAACUUGGCGGAGCUGCAUGCCACAGCAGAGCGAGGCCUGGCUGAGGCCCAGACAGAGAUGGCAAGGACUGCACGCCGCCUUCAGACUGCCUGCCUGAACUUGGACUCAAACCUGCGUCUGUCCGAAAGUGGCGCAGCCUGCUUGCUGGAGAAGCAGGCUCUGCAGGGGGCACGCUUGGAGCAGCAGCUUCAGGAGAAGGUCCGGGAGAUGAUUCAGCUCCAGAGCCGCUGGGAUGGAGAGAAAGUAGAGCUGAACUCCAGGAUAACAGAACUGACUGCUUUAGGACAGAAACUUAAAGGACAGAAUGCAAAGAAAGAGAAGACCAUCUCUGCUCUAAAACUGGACGUUCAGAAACUGGAACUCACUAAAACUGGAGAGCUACUGGAGGUGCAGGACCUGAAAGAUGAAAGUGAAUCUUUGCAGAGAAUUGUGAACAGCAUCACACAGCUGGCUCUGGCCGAUGCUGAGAGUGCAGGGCCCUUCUCACUGGACAACAUGGGGGCGACAGGUACAGAAGACCCUGGCAGACAAAUCUCCCCUUUGCGCUCUAACUCUUCACAUUACCGGCGGGUGUCACCGUCCCGUGCCCACUCCCCAUUGCGCCAGGAUGCCGUGCUGCAAGCCCUGCAGGGCGCCCUCGGGAGGCGACAGCAGCAUGAGCAGGAAUUGCAGUUUCAGCUGGAGUCUGCCCAGGACAUGCUGGGGGUGGUCAAGAAGCAGCUGUCCGAUUGCCAGCAGGAGGUGCGGGUGGCAGAGCAGCAGCUGCAGGAGCAGAGGCUGGAGCGUGAGGAGCUGGCCAGAGCCCUGCAGGAUUGCAGGCGGGAUUUGCAGAGCUGUAAAUCCUCAGUGGAGAUUCUCAGCAGGGAGAAGGAGACCACAGAGGCUGCAGUGGGAAGUCUGAGCGAGCAGGUAGACUCCUCCCAUCUGGAGGUGGAAAGGCUGAGGAGACUCACCAUGGAGCUGCAGAGGCAGGAAAGCCUCCUGGAGGAGCAGAAGGAGGAGCUGGCAAAGGAGAGGGAGAGAGUGAGGAAGGAGCUGGAGCAAGGGCACAGGUCCCUGGAACAGUUAGAAAAGAAGACUUCAGUCUUGAAGAAGGAGCUGGUGGUAGUAAAGGAGUCCUUGAACCAAGCCAUUCUGGAGGACAUGCUGGAGAAUGAAAAGGAAGGUGUAAGCUGUGCUGUGUCUAAAGCCAAGGCCAACAGUGCUGAGCUAGAACUAGCCAUAGACAAGCUGAAAUCAGAAGACUCCGAGCUGAGAGACUCACUGGCCAAGAUGGGGGCUCUGACUGAAGGUCUUGCCCAGGACAAGGUCAACCUCAACUGCCUUCUCCUGCAGCUGGAGGAGGAGAAGAGCUCGCUGCUGGAGCAGAGGCAGGAACUGGAGCAGGAGCGAGCUGGCCUGCGAGAGCAAUUGGCGCACCUGGAGCAAGAGAUGGCAUGGACAAGCGCAGCCAAGCGGGAGCAGGAGAAGAGCUGCCAGAUGGCAGAGGAGAGGCGAGAGGCACUGGGGGAAGAGAUGAGGUUGCUGCUCAGGGACAAAGCUCAGCUGCGGGAUCACCUGAUGCAGAUGAGCAGCCAGCAGCACACUCUGAGUGAACAGCUGGCACACAGCCACCAGGAGCUGGAGAUUCAGGCCGAUGCCAUGCUCCGCAUCACCCAGGAGAAGGAGGAGCUUGCUAAGGAGAAGGCGCGGCUGGCUGUGGAGUUCAAUGCACUGGAGAGGCAGAGGAAGGGCCUGCUGGAAGAGACGGACACGCUCAGAGCUGAGAAGAACUCACUGGAGAUCAGCCUUUUUGAGAUUCAGGAGCUAGCAGCACAGCUGGAAGUCCAGAAGGAACAGCUGGAAGGGGAGAAUCAGAGCCUUGACCAGAUAAGGCAGGUGCUCCAAGUGGAGGUGGAGAAGGCCCAGCAGGAGCUGGAGCUGCAGGACACCAUCUGGAGGCAGGAUAUAGAGUCACUGAAGCAGCAGCUUGUGCAGAUGGAACAAGAAACUCAGCUGUCUCUGAAGGACCAGAAGAAGGCCCAUGAGGAAGACCUGGCACGGCUGAAACAGGAAAAGGAGAGCCUAUAUCUGGCACUGAGGGAGGAGAAGGAAGAGACUGUGCACCGGCUGCAGCAGGAGAAGGAGGAGCUGCUGUCCAAAUGUGAGGCUGAGAAAGAGGAGCUGGCUGAGGAAGUACUGAGUUUGCAGCAGGAGCGGGAUGAAAGCCUUCUCCUGUUGGAGAAUGACAAGCAGAAGGCGCUGUCCCUGAAGGAAACAGAGAAGAGUCUGCUGUCAGAGAAGCUCAGUGAGGCCGAGCGGGAGCUUAUGAAUGCCAGGAUGGAUAUCGACCGGGUGAAGCUGGAGGCUCUGAACCGCCAGGAGCAAGAUAAGAACACAGUCACCAGUAUCACCGGAGAGCUGCACACCUACCAGGCUCAGUUUGAAGACGCGGUGGUUGCCCAUCAGAGAGAGGCCAAGAGCUUGAAUGAGCACAUAAAGAAGCUGGCAAGAGAGAGGGACUCUGCAGGGAGGGAGGCAGAGCAGUUAAGGAUGCAGCUGCGGCUUGCAGAGGAUGCCUGCGAUGGGGCGCAUAAGGACCUGAUCGAGUUGCACCACAGGUUGCAGGAUGAUGAGGAGGCCCAAGAGCUCCAGCGCAAGGAGAUGUUGGAAACCCGCAGGGCUUUGGGGGACGAGACUAGGGAGAAGGAAAUAAUGCAGAAAUCCAAUACUGAGCUGCGAGCUGCCAUCAAGAAGACGGAGAGUGAAAGGAUCAGCUUGAAGAGAGGCCUAGAGGAGAAGGAGCAGAAAAUCGCCAUGCUGGAGGAAGCCAAGGCUACAGCUCAGAAGGAGGCAGGAGAGCUGAAGGCGAGCCUGCGGGAAGUGGAGAAGUCUCGGAUGGAGGCCCGCCGGGAGCUGCAGGAACUGCGCAGACAGGUGAAGAUGCUGGGGGGCGAGAACAGCAAGAAGGGCAAAGAGGUGAGCGAGUUGCAGGCCUGUCUCCUGCAGCAGGAGCAGCGCGAGCAGCAGUGCCUCAGGAAGUCCCUGGAGCUGAAGCAGAGGAUCGCGGAGAUGGAGGGUGGCCAGAAAUGUGUUCGCAAAGAGGUACUGAGCCUGCAGAGGAAGCUGGUGGAGGUGGAGUGGGAAGCCAGAGCCAGAGAAAAGGGGCUGGUCGACAGCCUGGAUGAGAGUCACAGCAAGGAGAAGAAGCUCCAGGAUAAGCUCCACAACAUGGAGCUGAAGGUGCAGAAGGCCGGCGGGGCCAGCAAAGGACUCCAGCUGCGCCUCAGCACCACCGAGGGGCGCCUCCAUGACCUAGAGACAGAGCUGGCCAAGGCAGAGACUACCAAGAAAGCGGUGGAGUCGAAGCUGGGGGUGCUGCACUCUGCCCUGCGCCGGACACUAGGGCUGGGCGGGCGGAGCCCCUUGCUGCAGAGACCCUGCUCCCCUAGCAAAGGAACUGACGGGCAACGGACUCCAGCCUCUUGCACUGGCUCUCCAGAGAGGAGGCAUUCCCGCUCCCCCUUUGAUUGGGCUUCCCCUUUCCAAGGGGAGCACAGUGCUAGCGAGCCUGACCUGGAUGGAGUCCGAGAUGCCUUGAGAGACUUCCUGCAGGAACUGCGAGACACUCAGAGAGAGAGGGAUGAUUUAAGGACCCAGGUGAUGAACCUGAACCGUCAGCUGAAUGAAAUGGCGAGUGACCGGGACCAGAGCAGCAAUCGCAUCCUGCAGCUGCAGAAGUUGCUGGCAAACUCUGAGGAAGGCAAGCGAGGCACAGACGUGUGCCUGAGCAGUGCGCAGAUGGCCCUGGUGCUGCAGGAAGAGACCAUUCGGAGAGUGGAGAGGGAGCACCAUGACUUGGUAGAGCAGAUCACUACCCUGGAGUGCAGCAUGCAUGCCAGACAGGAGAAGAACAGGGAGCUGCAGGAGAAGGUCACUAGGCUGAAAGCCAAGGAUAUCAAGCUGGAGACGGACAAGCGGAGGCUGAAGGAAGUCCUGGAGGAAGCCGAGAACAGGGCCACCAAGCUGGAGCUGAGUCAUUGCUCCAUGGAAGGGGAACUUCAGCGUGUCCAGCUCAGCCUGGUGGACCGAGAUACCAAAAUCCAGGCCCUGCAGGAGCAGGUCCAGGCCCUGCGCUGCCAGUUGCGGGACAGUGAGAGCAAAUCAGCCAAGCUGCAGCUGGAGCUGGGCCACUUGGGUCACUCGCUGGCCCAGAAAGAGGAUGAGGAGAGCCACCUGAAGGACAAGGUACUGAGCCUUUCCCAGGCACUGACUGAUGCCUCCUUGGGGUCCUCCGCCCUUCAGGAGAACGUCUGCCAGCUGCAGAAGGCUCUGACAGCAGCGGAGCAAGACCGCCGGGUGCUCCAGGAGCACUUGGACUCUGUGCGGCAGACACUGUCAGACAGCAAGAGGCAGAACCACAGCCUGACAGACACCAUGCGCAUGCUGCAGGACCAGCUGGGAGAGCUGGAGCUGAGGUGCAAGGAACUGGAGGCUCAGGUCAAGCACCUGCAGGAGAUAGUCCAUCAUCAGCAGCAGAGUGAGCAGGAGGCUAUAGCAUCGCUGCAGAACGUGCAGGAUGAGAACAACAUUCUCCGGGAGAGACUGCUGACAUUGCAGAGAGCUGUAGCCCACCUAGAAGGGGAGAACAAGGAGUUGGAGCAAUCGGUCUUCGAACUGAAGCAGGACAAUUCUGCCCUGAAGAAGAUCCUCAGCAAGGCAGAAUGGGAGAUGAUCAGGAAUGAAAACAAUGCCAUGCGGCUCAGUGCAGAGAAGGAGCAGCUGGACCUGUCACUGAGCAGUCUGCACCAGGAGGUGGAGGACACCCUGAGGCAGAACGAGCAGCUGCCUGCCCAGAUCACAGAGAUGGAGCGGGCACAUGCCCAGUGCCUGAUGGAGCUGACAUCACGGCACCAGUUGGAGCUGGAGACGGAGAGGCUGCACAGCACCCAGCUCCAGGCUGAACGGUUCCUUGAGUCCCGGGAGAGAGCCCACAAGCAGUGUGUCAGGGACUUAGAGGAUCAGAUGAACUUGCUGAAAGAGCAGUUGGGCCAGGAGGUGUGGAAGGGACAGUCCUACCUCACUCAGGUGCUCUGGACAGGGAAAUGAUCCCGAAAUAGCCCAUGUGCUCCAGCCUGGUAAGACCUAGUCAAAGACAACAUUCAGGACCAGCUUUCAGCAGUGACUCUGCAGCCUGAAAGCCGGACUCUGACAUCUCCCCUUGCGCCAGGAUGCUUGACUGACGCAUGGCCAACCCUGCUGUGGGGAGAGGUUUCUGGAAGGAGCUUGCACCACACCGGUGGCUGGAGCAAUGGGGACUGUAGGCCUUUUGCAGCUGAAAGGAAACCCUGCAGUGAGGACAGCUGUUCCCUUGGUGAUGGCCAAAUCCCAGGCCACAGAUGCAUAUUAAUUUAGGCCAUUUGGCAAUGGAGGACUUUUCUGUGAUAGGGCUACCAGGGUGUUUCACAUCCAGGGACUGAGGGGUCUGGCUGGGGUUUUGUGUGUUUGUUGUAGCCAUAUUCAGGGCCGCCCAGAGAUGGGGGCAAGUGGGGCAAUUUGCCCCAGGCCCACAGGGGCCCCUACAAGAGUUUUCGGCGGCACUUCAGCAGCACGUCCUUCAGUGCUGCCGAACACACCCGGAGUGAAGGACCCACCGAAGACCCGCCGCUACUUUUUCUGCUCCGGGUCUUCAGCGGCAAUUCAGCGGUGGGGGGUCCUUCUGCCCCGAAGACCCAGAGCAGAAGGACCCCUGCCGCCAAAAACCCCAAGCCCCCUGAAUCUUCUGGGAAGCCCUGGCCAUACUAAUGGGUCCUGGCUUCCUAUGUUAUCUCACCCCUAUUCUUUAAAUAGCUCUGUUGUCCCAGCAAUUGGGGCCACUCUUCUCUCCCUCAGGAACGGUGCCAUUUGGGCCUCUUCCAGUACUGUCAGGGGCCGCCUGUCUAGCUGGUGGAGUGACAGACCCUCCCAAUCUCAGCAGCAUGGUCUCAUUAUGCUAAAUGGGGUGUGUCACCAUCAGACAGAUCUGUGCAGCUUGAGGAAUCAGCCCUUCAGUGCACAGAACCUGCAGGGGACUGUAUCCACCAACAUUAAUCAAAAACCUAGUGUACACUAACGAGACACAGUGAGAGAGCACAUCGCCACCUCGCCUGGAGACUGGUCAAGACCUUCAUCCUUUCAGGAAACACAGGACUUUUUUAAUGGUGGCAGGUGGCUGGGAUUAGCUCAAAGCCAAGUCAUCUUGUGACUCACUGGCCCUGAGAGGCAUCAAAGUGUAAAAUUCAAUGUUCCACCCACUCUGCCAGCCACAGGCUCCAAGCAAAUCCCUGAAGGAAUCAAACUGUGGUUUCCAUGUCAACAGAGGCAAUCAUCUUGGGACCUCUUUGGCCUUCACCUGUUAGCAUUUUACAUAUUUUUCCUUGAAUGGCUGUUGGGGGCGGGAGUAUUUGUCCCAACGUGGUUUGUUUAAGCACUGAUUUUAAAUUCUGAGACUAGAGGGUGUUUGCUAAGGAAAUCAACAGUGGCAUUUUCAAGGCUUUGGAUGGAUCUUCCUGGAUUUCAUCUUUUAACAAUAUUUGAUAAGCGAUAUCUGAUUCUGUUCCUUCCCAUGAUACAGGUAAAUCUUCCUCACCCCACCCUACCCCACGCUGCCUGGCUCAAUGCAACAUACAGGCAUGUAGAGCAAUUCUGCUCUCACGCCAGCCUAACUCAAGUGACUUCUAUGGUGUCAGUCCAGCCUUACACCGGUGUCAGUGAAAGUGGGACCAGACCUAUACAGGGACCCAGUGCUGUCAGCUGCUGAGCACCCUUGAGGGUGACCCCACAGCAGGCAGGAGGUCCUCAUAGGAUUGGUCCCUCAGACACACUGGGCCAGAUCCUCAGCCAGUGUAAAUUAAUGUGGCAUCAUUGAUUUCACUGGAGUGAGAUUGUUUCACGCUAGCCAAGGAGUUGGCCCAUUGACUUCAAUGGAGCUACACUGAUUUACACCAGUUGGGAUCUCACCCAUUGAUUUCAAUGGAUCUAUGCUGAUUUACACGAGUGGGGGAUGUGGUCUGUUGCUUUCCACAGAGCUAAGCUGAUUUACACCCAGGUGGGGAUCUGGCCCAUUGACUUCAAUGGAGCUACAUCAAUUUACACCAGCCAAGGCGCUGGCCAACUGGGGCUGAUUCUCUUCUCACUCUGCUGUAGAUCAGGAGUGGCUCCCUGCAGCCAAUGCAGUGCCCCUGGGGUGAGUGAGUGGAUAUCUCACUCUGUAGCUGGCGUUUCUGCCCCCUCUCCAACGGGUUGUUUAUGUGGAGUUGGAUGUAGGGGCAGGAAAGACCAUGCAGGAAAAAACCACCAUCUCCAUCAGGAGGGUGGGAAUCAUCACGCCCACAUUCCAGUGCCAGUGCAUUUCAGGACUGGACCCUCUGGAUUGGGAAGAGUGUGUGGGUGUGGAUUUGGGCAGCCCAGAGAAUACCGUCACAUUGAUGGCACAGCUGGGUCCCACUGAGGGAAAUGUGCCAUGUUGGUAUUCACAUAAUCCCUUUGCUGUUGAUUCUAACUGAGUCCUGCUGUUGUUUUCGGCUCCAUUUCAGUCCUUACAUAACAUGUUCCUUGGCCUGUGUUCAAUAUUAAAAUGUACCUUGCAAUCAUUGCAGUG